AACGUCGUGUGCUCCGUCCUUUGCAUUUCAUCACCAUCUUUAGCAGACGACGGCGCAGACUUUCUCUCUGUAACUCUCCCCCUCCGUGCCUUGGGGAAGCAGCUGAACGGGGCCAAGAUGGCGGCCCAGGGUCCUGGAGGGGGCCGGGAGCCGGCGCAGCCGCGAGUGCUGAGCGCCAGCUGCCCGGACGAGGCAUGCCAUUCCCGGCUCUUCUUCCCCUCGUACGACCUGAGCGUGGAGUGCCCCCAGUGCGGCCAGCGACACGACAGAGCGGCCCUGCGCAACGUCGAGGAGGUGUCCAACCCAGGCAUCGCCUUCCACUCCCUCAUCCGGAACAUCCUCGUCGGCAACAUAGUGCCCAAGCACGGGGAGGACACGGUGAAGGUGCGCGGCCUGUCCAACUACCACUGCAAGCUGGUGUCCCCGUUGCUCACGACCUACGGCAUGGACAAGCGGUCGGGCAAGGCCCGGCCCCUGUCCGAGAUGGGUGCGGGGCCUGCCUUCGACUGCGGCGUUCUGGCCGACCGGGCUUUUCGCAUCGACCCCGAACUGGUUGAGGUGGCGGGGUAUGGCCGGGACGUGUCGGGGUCCCUGUCGUACCUGCGGGGCACCCUGGCCCUGGUGCGUGCCCACAAUGACGGCGAGGACCGGCUGCUGCCUGUGCAUGUGGACGGGGACGGCCACUGCCUGGUGCAUGCCGUCUCCCGGGCCCUGGUUGGGCGCGAGCUCUUCUGGCACCCGCUGCGCUGCAACCUGAAGCGCCACCUUGAGGAGCACCUGGCCAAGUACAAGGAGCUGCUGAAGGACUUUGUGGACGAGAAGGAGUGGGCGUCCAUCAUCGCCGAGUGCGACCCGGAGUUCCUGCCCCCCGAAGGGGAGCUGCUGGGCCUGCGCAACAUCCACGUGUUCAGCCUGGCCAACGUGCUGCGGAGGCCCAUCAUCCUGCUCGACUCGCUGGCGGGCAUGCAGAGCCUGGGCGACUACGCCGCCCUCUUCCUGCCCAGCCUGGUGGCCCCGGAGCGGUGUAGGGGGGGCCCCCUCAACCGCAGGAACCCCCCCCUCUGCCUCUCGUGGAGCUCCUCGGGACGCAACCACUACAUACCCCUCGUCGGGGUGCGCCUGGGGGAUAAGCUCCCACAGCUGCCCCGCUCCCUCCUGCCCAAGGCAUGGGGCGUGCCCCAGAGCCUGGUGGACGUGUACAUGGAGUUUGACGCCAACGGCUGCUGCAUUGUUGGGGGCGACUACCACCUCUCGGAGAGCUACAUCCUGCGCCUCACGGCGGCCAUGGACGACGUCUUCUACGACAAGUACGGCCUGCACCCAACCCUGGUGGCCGACGUGCACCACUAUGUCUACAAGCGCACCGGCGUCGUGGGCGUGCGACCUUCGCUCGUGGUGAGUGCGACGCAGAGGGCGCUGCAGGAGCGGCGCCUGUACCGCUGCCUCACGUGCAACGGCGUGUGCGAGCACCACGUGGCUCCGGAGUGGUUCCGGCCAGGGGGCCUGCUCUACACGGGGGCCAUCCGCAAUCACGGGGGACUCCUGCCAGACAAGCUGUACUCCUUCCGGAAGCACGGUGUGACGUGCUGGUACAGUCAAGACAAGGACGAGCUCAUACCAGUGCUCUCCAAGAACACCCUGGAAAGGUGUACCUGGUGUCAGAGCGUCCAGGUCCGCCACUUGCGAGGGGACGGGUCCCUGGAGCUGCGGAACGGGGACCGCACCCGCACCCCUUCCAACUCCAACUACUGCAGCUGCGGGUUCAAGCACUUCUGGGACGGCAAAGAGUACGACACCCUCCCCCAGCAGGUGACGGUGUCUCUCGAAUGGAACCAGAAGGUGGUCAAGGACACGGUGGCCUGGUUUCAGCACGAGUGCGACCCCUCGCUCAACAGCAACGUCUACACGGUGGCCUCGGAGAUCGUCAACAAGCACUUCCCGGGAGUCUUCGGAAGUGAGCGUCUGCUGCAGCAGGUGGUUGAUCAGAUCCUGGAGCAGACGCGUCUGCCGGACUCGAUGGAGGAGGACCGCCCGGAGGAGGAGGCGGAGGGCGUCCCGGACUCGGCAGAGUCGAUGCCCGCCUGCAAGUUCAUCAUCAAGGGAUACAAGACGCUGCACAAAGAGGAGCUCGGCGUGAGCGAGACGGAGAGGCGCCUGCUGGAGAGGAUAGAGGGCCACGCCACGUCCCGGAGGAAGUCCCACCAUGCCGCGGAGAAGAAGGGCAGCGCCUCCUCCAACGCCUCUGCCGCCUGCUCUGUGCCCGCCCCGUCGUCCGUCGGGGCGGCAGCCGCCUCCGCCUCCAUGGCCAGGCCAAGCAUCAUCAGGGUGGUCACUUCGGACGGUCGACAGGGUCAGCUGGAACUGGGUCCGGCUGGAACGACGCUCUCGGAGUUGGAAGCGUGGGUAGAGUCGGAGUUUGGGGUGCCGCCCCUGCGCCAGCAGCUCAAGAGCGGCGUCCCGCCCCGGGAGAUUCGGGCACCCGAGGGCAGGGGAGGCCGUCUGGCACUCUCUCACGGGGACAGGGUCACCGUCGAGGUCCUGCGAGAUCCGUGCUCGCCGGACCCCGGCACUUCGGGUGCUUCGGCCGCCCAAGCAAUACUCGCAGGGACCGAAGACGAUUACCUGAGGAGGCUGCAAGAGGUGCAGCAGGGAUCGCUGGAGGCCGGAGUGCGCACUAUGCUGAGUCACCUGAAGCGGAGCGGGCAGACGGUGUGGACGUACGCCCAGGAGAACCCCUGGCUCUUCUGCCGCGGUGGACUCUUCUACGCCCAGAUGCAGCGGGACAUCGGGCUCGUGGACGGCAAGCACUGCCACCUGCCGCUCAUUCCCGACAAGGUGUUCACCUACAACGCGGCGCACGACCGACUAGAACUGUGUUCGGAACCCCACGGACACUUUGCCGUCAGCCGGGAUGUCGAGGCAAAGAUAGCGGCGGGGCAGGUGGGCAGCACCGGCCAGCACCAAAGCCUCGGCGAGGCAACGCCACCCGCUGCAGGGGCCUCCACGUCCGCCGAGCUCUCGCCAUCCACUGAAGGCUCGUUGGCACCAGCCAAGGUCGGCCUUGCCGAGCAGACAAAGAAGCCGUCGGCGACAGCGCUUCGCAAGGGUCCCGGCUUCACGGUGCUCGAGCCGCUGCCGCCGCCAAGCGUCGAGGAGUCGGCCAUGCAGAGGCUUCAGUCCGUGGUCUCCAUGUUCCAGGAGGAAGAGGAGGAGAAGGUAACCGUCGAAGAGGCUUCAGAGGUCCAUCACAAGGCAACCGACGAGUCCGAAAAAAUGGACUUGGACUGAGAAAGCAACUCUGAAGACAAAAAAAAAAAAAAGAGUUGUGUGGACUUGCGUGUGUUUCAGAGAGAUUCCACAUUGUGAUAUUUUUUUUCGUCUCUCUCCAUUUCUCGACCGGAAGCCCGGUACCAUUGAUGCGGCGGAGAGAACACAGUCCAAGAAAUGGCAGAAAUUUUGACGACUGAAAUAUUUAUAUCUAGUCUUAUCUUUUUUUUUUUUUUUUUUUGUCUGGCUCAUUUUUAACUACGCGUGGCUACGACGGUAGCAGACGGUGCAGACAACACUUGUGUUAUUCGCCCGUACAAAAAAAAAAAAAAAAAAAAAACCUCAAAAACCGUUGUUUUCUAUUUUUUUUUUUUUUUUUUUUGUGAAAAGGGCAGAAGCAACUUCUGAAGGGGGGGAUAGUACGACUUUGUAAAUUUGUAAGAGAGCUUAGAACCUUGUACAGCUUUGAAGUGUUUUUUUUUUUUGUGUGUGUGCGUGUGUCUUUUUGAAGGGGUUUCGCAUCCGACGAAUUGACAAAUACACGUUCUCUUUGGAGGCCUUUGGUGGA